AUGGCUGAGGUCGUACAACGUCAUCUAGAAGAUAUGUUAACGGAAUUUGAGCAAGCUAAACGAAUUGGCUUGUUCAGUGAAGCCGAGAUCAAAAAGAUUAUCCGAACUCGUCGACGACAUGAGUACAAAAUUAUUCGACGAACGAAAGAAAAAGAAUGUUAUUUAGAUUAUAUCAAAUAUGAAACCCAUCUUCUUAAAUUAGUACAACUUCGUCGAGAGAAAUUAAAACUUGGACGAAUGCAUAAGAAAAAUGAAAUCGAUUUAGAAAUUAAGCGACGCAUUGAGCGACUCUUUCGAAGUGUAUGCCAUCGGUUUAAAAAAGACAUACAACUAUGGUUGACAUUCAUCGAAUUUCUUAAGAAACAACACGAUUAUUCGACUGCCUCAAGUGCAUUUACAUCUGCAUUACAGACACACGGCAAUAAAUAUUGGUUGUGGAUAAUGGCGGCGAAAUUCGAAUUCGAAGUGAUGGUGUCUCCAUCGUCGGCUCGAGCACUAUUUCAACGUGCACUGCGAAUGAUGCCACAGGAGAAAAAGCUGUGGCUUGAAUAUUUCAAAUUUGAAUUGCUUUAUGUUGAAUUGGUGCAAAAAAGACAAGCUAUACUCGAUCGAGCAUCGAAAGAAACGGCAAACAACGAAGAAGAUGCAGUUCUACAAGGAAAAAUCGUCGAAAUUGUGUUUAAUAAUGCACAAGCAACAAUCGAAAAUGAUCCAAAAUUUCUCUGCUCAUUCGCUCAAAUCCUUCACGAGUUCUCACAGUUUUCGUUUGCUGAAUCAUUGAUUGACCAGAUCUAUUCGCUCUUGAGAAUAAAAUAUUCGUCGAAUGCUCUUGCUCAGUCGCUAAUAGCGCAACGUCCAUUGAUAAAUGAACGUAAAUUAGUAGAAGAAGCUGCGAAGAAGGAACAAGACGCCAGUUUUAUGGUUGCUGUACUCGAACAACAAGUGAGAGAGAAUUAUGAAGAAUUAUUGAAAGAUACAACUACGAAUAAAGACGAAUUGUGGAAUCUUUAUUUGGAUUUUUGUGUUCAAAGAUUAAGUCAAACAUCAGAUUCGAAUAAAUCUGAGCAUAUCUCAAUAUGUGAUCAAGUAUUCUCAUCAGCCAAUGAACAGAUUUCACUAACACCCGAACGUUACUUAGAAUGGACUUCCAUAGUUGAUCGAGAUCGUGCGAAAUCUAUCAUUAAAAAAGCCACAGAUCAAUAUCCAGACGAUCCAUCUCUCUGGGAUAAACGACUUUCAUUAUUCACCACUGAAGCAACUGAUUCGAAAGUCAUAAAAAAAGAAUUCAAACUUGCUUGCCGACACCCACAAGUUAAAAACUCUCCUUUGAUCUGGAAGACCAUUGUCGAAUAUGCUCGAGAACAUUGCGAUAAAUGGACAGAGGAAUUAUUUGAAGAAUCUCAGACAGGGUCAUUGGAUCUUUCUGUAGCAUUAGAACUGAAAUCGCAAUAUUUACAAUGGGUUAACCAGACAAAAUCAAUUAAACAAGUUCGACAACUAUUCGACAGACUAUGCAGUCGUAUACCCGCUUCCUUGCCAUUCUAUAUGGAUUACAUCAAAAUCGAGCAAUCAGCAUCAACUAUUGAUCGAACACGCGUUAGAACGGCUUUCGAGCAAGCCAUUAUCUACUUUGGCAAAACAUCAGCGGAUCUUUGGCUUGCCUACAUGGAUCAUCUGAAACAACAUCAAUCCCUUGAUUUUGUUACUAUAUCUCGUAUUCAUUCACGUGCACUUCAUACACUUGAAUCCGAUGAAUUGAAACGUUUCAAUACUGAAUGUGCAUUGAGAAAUUUAACUUGA